UACAGGCGAGGAAAUAUAUGGAGCACGGAGAAUUCCUCCUCUCUCCCCACUUUCCCGAAGACUCUCGCCGACUCCAUGGUUUUACGGGCGAAAUUCAAGGCGGGGGGCGACGGGCGGAAGAGGGGGCGGACGGGUCGUCGGCACGUCGGAGCACAUGCAACGCCAUCUUGUACGGUCUGGGGCAAGUGUUGCAUACACCGUCACGGCAAUUGCUGGCGCAAGUCUUCUGUGGGAAGAGCGAGCGGCCGGGAUUGCCCGUCGCCGCCGCGGCAUACUGUCGGUGAUUAGACGUGGCACAGUGCGGUGCCAAUACGGCGGUAACAUGGCGCAGUGGAGGCAGGAGACGAUAUUGAAGCUGAUCAGUGCGUAUCGCGCGAGGCGGCUCCUCUGGGACCACAACGCGCCGGACUACACCGAUCGGAGCAAGAGGAUCUACGCGUGGAAGGAGAUCGCCGACGAGCUCGGAUGCGACGUGAUGACGGUGGAGAGGAAGCUGAAGAGCCUGAAGACUCACUUCAUGUCGGUCCACAAAGCGUACGCGAAACGCAGGGUGAAGGCCGAUCUGAAUCCUGAUGGCAGCAUCGUCACGCCUAAGUGGUUCGCUUACGAGGCCUUGACUUUCCUGAAUAAAGGACGCUUGACGCGAAUCAAUCGCGAGACGCCGAACGUGGAGAAGCAGAAUCCCACGCCGGCCCCUAAUUGGCAGCCGCAGGAGAUUUCGUCAGGCCGUGACGAAUUCACAGUUUUUGCCGAGCACGUCGCCAUUCGGCUGAAGAACAUAACGGACGUGCGUGCGAGGCUUGUCGCGCAGCAUCAGAUAAACAACAUCCUGUUCGAGGCCGAGAUGGGAAAGUAUAACGUGCAGCAGCCCUCCUUCGUCCCGAACCAUCAGGAGAUUAUGGAGAACCUGGACGAGCCCUCGACGUCGCACGAGGAGAAAGUGAUAAUAAAUAAUAUUCCUCAAGCGGUCUAAUCGCUGAUCUUUCCUCCGCAAACGGGCGAUCGUUAUGUCCCGAAAUUUUCAGCGAGUCGUCCGUCUCGCGUCCCUCAUUAUUUAAGUACAUAUUAUACCGCCCGUAUUUUUUUCGGCGCGGUUGUUGACAACGACGGUGAUCUCUCUUCUCGUUAUUUUUGUGGUAAAUACUAGCGAACGAGAAAAGCCAUCGGCUUUAACGGCGAGUUUUUCCGCGGGACACGGCGAGAACCGCGUUUGGCAGGUUUGCUGAAUUUGCUCCGCCAGACGUGACUCUAUUUAUGUGCCUUCGUUUUGCCCGGCAUAUGUCAUAUCUUUCGUCGUUACAAACAUCGAAAGCCGCGUCCAAAAGCCAGCUUUCGUUUAGCGCGGCCAAUACGUACAUUACACACGCUGACAUUGCGCGAUAGAACUCGACGACGUUGGCGCUUUCAUUUUUUUUUUCACUCUCGUAUAUUCCGAGUAUAUAAAACGAAGUACAUAUGCAUAUAUGUGACACAACAUCGACUCACAUAUAUAUGUCGGCGAAGCGAAUCGAUUUCCGUCAAUUGUAUCUAAUUGUUUUACGAUAAUCGAUCCCGCCUUCGUUAAUUGUGAGAAUUGAAUAAAUUGUGGUCUGUAAAAUUGUA